GAGACGGAGCUCCCUCAUCUCCUGUCCCCUGGAGUGGCUUGACCUCUGCAAGGCCCAUGGCCUCCAUGGCCCGUCCCUGUCCUGAAGUGGGGAGACCUGCCCACACCUUGGUUUGCCCCUGUUAAGGAAAUGGAUCUGGAAGGGCCCCACCUCUCCAAAGUCUCUUCAUAAUUCCGCAUGUCUCACAAUGCAGGGAAAAAAGUAGAACAAUGUUCAGGAAUGGGUUUGUUCAGGUUCCAGAGUUUGACCAUCAAGGAAGCAUGUAGAGGGAGCAACACCUUUAAGAGCUAACAGCACUGUCGAAGAUGGCACUGAGGUCAAGCACAGAGAACAGAUACUUGGAUUAAAUUACAGCAGGUAAGGAGUUAUUUGCAGGUACUAUUUUAAAGAGAGGACUAAAAGCAGACUAGAAAGAAAACUCAAGGAGACGAAUGACAAAAAGAAGAAAAGGGAAUGGACAAGGGAGACGAGAAGAAAGCCCAAGGUUGGGUAGAGAGAAAUGAGAUACUUUUUUCUUACGAAGGACUAUCAUGGGGACUAUCAUGGGGAUGCUCCAAGCCAGCCAAACAACAGAAGGUGGAAGAGUUUCAUUUCCCUUCUUUCUCCUUUUCUCCUUUCUUCCUUCAAAAUAGUUAGUUACUUCUCACCAUUUAAAAAAAAACUCAAAGACAAACAGUUCGCAGAUGUAGGACUUCUCAAUCAUCAUAUAAUUGUCAAGAGAACAUCUGACCCAAGGGACAGAGCAAUACGUAAAGGAAUGGGAUCGGGGCUUCAGCAUUCAGUAAACCCAGCCCUGAACUCUUCAGACCUUUGGCAAACCACCAAACGCAAUGGGGCCUUGUUCUUUAUUGUAACUAUUUUCCUUACAAAGAUGGUCUAAGUAGGUGAAAGUUUUAAAGAAAAAGGAAUUAUACGAAUAUAAAGAAUUAAAAUUACUGCUGACUGUGUCAAUUGGCAUUGUUAUUUCCACUCUGACUACACAGAUUUUUCUUGAAACUGACCAGCAACAUCCAGAAUAAGAACACGUUAAUAGCCAAGACAAAGGUUGACAUGUGAAUUUCAUCUUCUUUUUGAGUUCUGGAGGUUCUGUAGCCUCCUGAAGGGCAAACAGUUUUGACAAACUAUCAGCCACCAUUCCCAAGUCCCUUGGGAUCAACUUCUAACCAGUCCUCACAACAAAAUCUCCAAUACCAGCAUGCCUGCGCACGCACACAAUGCAUAAUGGUCUACAGAGCAUGGCAGGGUAUUUCCAGGUGUCUUAGUAGAGCAACAAUGGUGAGAACCCAAUAUAUAACUGGCUGUAAGUUGGCCCUUAUUCCCCCAAUCAGAGUAUGGUCUCAUUCAUCCAACAGUGAUAUAAGGAGGGGUUCCUUGUGAAAUUUACUUUGGAGAUUCAUUUACUCCAUCCAUUCAUUCAUCUCUGUAUUUAAGGGCCAUUAUUGAGUGGUUCUAGGAAAUACCACAAAGAGGCAAUUGACUUCAUUCCAUUAAAAGCUAGAACUUAAAAAAGAAAAUGUAUUUAACAUGGUAAGAAUAGUUCCAAAUUCCGUUAUACAUUUCCUUGUUUUCUUGAGUGCGUGUAAAUUAUAUGUGAGUUAGCCUUUGACUGAUCAUUUGUUUUCAUUCUGAACAGAAAACGAACAAUAGAAAGAACGCCGGCUUCAGGAAUCCAAUCUAGUCAUUCAGCUGGAUGUGACCCCGGAACCUAGUUUCUCAAUUGGAACACAAGUUUAGGGCUACCUCACAGUGUAGAGCUGAUGUGUGGAAUUGCAUGGCCCCAAGGCUUUAAGAUGGUUGACAAACUUUUUAUAGGUUUUUCCCUCCCUGCACUCAUGACAGAUUCUGAAUUCUUGCUACUUUAGUCUCUUAUAAAGUAAGUAGCCUUUUUCCUUUGCCCACAACCAACAACCUCUAAAUCUUUUUUAGUAUUUUGCUUUCAAUGUUCUGCAAAUUAGGCAACUGUAAUUUGAAAAAAUUCAUCUAGACGUAUAUAGAAUCAUUACACUAUGAACAAGGGCUUACACAUUCCUUCUGGAAGUAAUCACUGGUUAAAUAAGAUAAUACACAAAAUGUGAAGGUAUUAUGCAAAUUAAAAGCAGCUCUAUUAUUUUGCUAUGCUAUUUUGGUCAUUUGAGGAUCAUUUAUUUUCUACUGCACUUACAUGCUGCCUCCAGAAUAGCUAAGGAGUACUAUUUUGGUUGACCUUUACAUAUACAUAAAUGAGCCUUUACUAUUUUUCCCUAAAAAGUUUCAUAAGUCAGCACAGUAUAUGAAGGUCCAGAGGCAGUGAAGAGUCGAGAGUUUUGCUGGAAGACAGAAGCAAUAAUAGAUGGCAAUGACAGCACUGAAUGACGCUUUCAAGAAUUAAAAAGAUCAGGCAGCUGACUUUGUGUUUAACCCUAAAGGCAAUGGGAAAAGACAAAAGGCAUGUGAGCAGAGUACCACUGCUGGUCUUAAAGAAAAUUAAUACUACAGUGAUGGUCAGGAAAGAGAACAGGAACCUGGGAGGGGCCUAUUUGUCUACUGUUCCCAAGAGAGCCUAAACACGGUGGCUUGGGGAACCAAUAGGAAGGGGGGGAUCUGGGUCAAAGAUAGUCUUAGGUGACUGAAAGAUGAUGUACUAAAACAGAAAUACUACACUGGCAAGUCAGAGGGAAUGAGGAUUUGAAAGGGUUGGGGAGAAGGAGUUCAAUCAGAUACAUAUUGAGGUUAUAACUGUACAUCAGUUCUGGUAUGGUUCCUAUUAUUAAUCAUUUUUUGGACUAAGUCACCAAAUCAAAUCAAAAUCAUGCAAAUGGAAAACAGAAUAAUUUUCAGUCCCUGCCAUUGAAUACGAAGUCUAAGGUCAUACCCCUAAUUUACAAACACUUCUCCCAAAUUCCACUCUAGUUCCUAUGUGAAGAUUACCAUGGCAUUGCAGGGUCCCUACGAAAAGGUAUUUCUUGUGUGAACAUCCCCAGGGAAGUUAGAAAUCCUUUGAUCACCAAAACCCAGAACAGAUACUGAUUUGUGAACUCAGUUGGGCUAACAUUCCCUAGGUGUCCCCUGCUGCUAAGUGUCAUCCUGAGGGCCACAAACUGCUUAACAACUUCUUUGUUAAACUGCUUGUUAACAAGGCCUUAGCACAUAAAAGAUGCAGAUCACACAUAACCACUCAAGAGCUACUCUAACUCUUCAGGCUAAAUAUGCAGGUGGAUUAAAUUUAACUACAGACUAAUUUGGUAGUACAAAAACCCAUAACACUUCUGUUCCUUUCAACACACAAAAUACACAACCCUGUGGAUAUAGGUAUCCCCUUGUUUAUGGAGACUUUUAAAAAGCCAGAAAGACCUGUAGUCACCAUAGGUAUCAAAAUUAUGAUAACCAAAGUUUGAAUUUCAUAGUAGAGAUCCUAAACUGUUAUCUCUUUAAAGUUUUCACACACACAAAGAGUACGCAAUGCUUAUUGUCUGCUGAAGACGAAAGUUCAGGGCCCAAUUCACUUUUAUUUCUGUUGAAACGAACUGUUGAGAUAACUGUAAAAUAAAAACAUAAUGAAGGUAUCCAACGGCACUGCUUCAUCAAACAUUAAUAAAAGAACUUCAUACCAGCAAUUAGUGGCAUUAGGCCAUGUGCCCUUUGGCAUUUUCUGUAUUUUCCAGGUAGACCUCCCUCCAACUUGUACAUUUUCCAACAGCUGAGUGGCCUGUCAUGUACCAUCCAAUUGCCAAGAAGCUAUCCAUUUUUCCAAGAGGAAAUGUGGAACUCUGCGGGGUUUCAAAGCAUUCUAAUUUCAUGCACAAAUACAUUCCACGACAGUAAGACAGACUGCCUAACAAAAGGAGAAAACAUGAUGACAAAGCAUGGUCCUUUGCCAGAGCGACGCUUCUGGGGUCAGAUUUUUUGGCUGUAAACCGGUAUAUACAGACAAAAUCCAAAACGCAUGCUGGGGUGUGCCUCGGACCACGCAAGGCACGGCUCUAAUGGACUAGUUAAUUUCCAUAAUGGGGGACGCAGAUAUUUUUCGCAAAUCGUGUUCCAGUCAGUCUCCUAUUGAUUUUUUGAAUUUCUAUUUUCAACGGCGGCCCAAGGAAACGGCAGCCAGACUUGACUCCAAUGUACACACAGACUCAGGUUUCACCCCGUCACCUGUUGGCUCCUGAACAACACUCCUCUUUGUGAAACUUACAGCACUCAUUUGAAACAAGUUUCCAGAGAAAACACUUCAAGAAAGUGUUUGAGAAGUCACAAGACUCGAGUUGUAAAAACAAAUUCCACACAUAGCCUGGUUUAUACUGACAUAGAUUAAUGUGAAAACCUGAGCUUUUUAAGAAGGGGUUCGGGAGGGGAGCCGGAGGGAAAGGAUGUCACCCUUCUUCGGGAAAAUUCAGCAGGCUAAUUCUGGAUAGGGCUGCGAGUGAUGGCUGUGGGGGUUCCGCUGGGUCAACCCAGGCCCGCACCGGGAAGAGACAGCUUGCAGCAGGCGUCGGUGCCCCGCAAGCCCUACCCUCCGCGCGGCCGUGGCUGCUCGGGCCGCAAGGGGGCGCCCCGAGCCGCGGGUGGGACGCGGCCCUCUCCCCCACCACCCGGCCCCUUCCCCGCCUCCCCGCUACGGCGCCCAGAGGCCGAGCCCCAGACCCAGCGGCAGCGAGCGAGCCCGUCCUGGGCGCCGACGCCAGGCCCGCAGAGAACAGCUCCCCUUUCCCCAGGGGCCACAACAGUCGCCUGCGAACCCCCUGACCCACCUCCAGCGGAAAGUCUCGCGGCGCCUCUGCGCAGCGUCCCCUCCAAGGAAGAGCACUCGCCCCGCGGCUUGACGGCGAUACCGAGUGGCCGCCGGUCCCGGAUUCUACCCCCCAACUUCCGACAAGAAGCCCCCUCUCGGCGGGCGUACGGUGACGCGCGCACCCCCGCGGCCCUCGGCGUCCAGUCCCCGCCGCCCGGCUGCCAUCGAGCCCCGGGGCCAGACCGCGGCUCCCCACCUGCAACCGCGGGGUGGAACGCGGCCUGCGGCCCCUCCCGGCACCCGCCGCGGCCCGCGAAUCCGCGGAGCCUCUCGGCGCGCCCUAGGCGCCCACCGCUCCGCGUCCUGCCGAAGCUGGCGGCCCGGCGCAGGGAGGUUCCCGAAGGAAAACGGGGCUGAGUGCCCUCCAGGAGGUCACCCUCGUCCACCCGUUUCCGGAGGAGACCCUAGCAGGGCGGGGACGAAGGGGCGGGGGCGGCGAGCGCAGGGCCCCGGUUAAACCGCUGCGGGCCGCACCCCCUGUCGCGGCUCAGCACCGGCCCUGACCGGCUGGCUAGGGGUCGCUGCCGCCCCCGCUCCUCCUUGACGCACCCCCGGCCCCUGCGGCUGUCCCCCGUGAGCCCCCUUUCGGUGCAAGGCGGCGAUCCUCACCG